AUUGAAUUUCAAAACCUCAAGAGAGGGAGCAACAACACACAACAAAGAACAACAAGAAGCCUCUCUCUAUUUUGCUACCCUUUUCCCCCUUUUCGAUUUCAUCUUCAACCCACCAAUCAAAUUCCCUUCUUUUUACGAUUUUACCCCUGUUUUUUGCCUCCAAUUUGGGUUAAAUUUAGGAUCUUUGAGGUGUGAAUCUGAGCUGUUAGUUGAAAGAUAGAAUCUUUUGAUGAUUUGUUCAUCUGGGUAUCUGUUAUUUGUUUGAAUUAUUGUUGGCUUUUUGUUGAAUUGGGGGAUUUAGUGGUGGAAUUUGAUUGUUUGUUUGUUUGUCGAGUGAUAGAUAGAUAUAAUAUAGAAUCUUUUGAUGUUUAUCCAGAAGUUAUAAUUCAAAAGUUUUGAUUUUGAUAAGUAUGGAGAAGGGUGACGGCGGUGGGGAUUUGAAUUUCCCUCCAAAAAAUAACCUAACGGCGGCUGUAACGACGGCCACAGUGACGGCGGUGACGGAUUUACCGGCGGCGAAGAAGCUGGCGAGGCAGCUGGAUUUCAAUAGUGUUGGUGGGUCGGCUUCGGGUGGGUUGCCGGAGAAUAGUCAGAGAGUGGUGGUUACACAGAUGCAGCAGCCGCCGCUGCCGGUGGUGGCGGCUUCAUCGAUAAGGCCGCUGGUGCAGCCGCAGCUGCAACCGCAACAACAGGUGCAUCCGAUACCGAUACCGAUACCGAUGAUGCCGGUGAUGCAGCAGGGUCAUGUUGCAACUACUCUUCAACAACCACCUAUAAGGCCUAUGAAAAUCGAAUCCCCGAAAGCACGACCAAGACAAAAUGUUGAUAUAAAGGAUGGCACUCCAAAGAAGCAAAAGCAAUGCAACUGCAAACAUUCCCGAUGCUUGAAGUUAUAUUGUGAAUGUUUUGCAUCUGGAAUAUACUGCGAUGGUUGCAACUGCGUAAACUGUCAUAACAAUGUUGAAAAUGAGCCUGCCAGAAGAGAGGCUGUUGAAACUACUUUGGAACGUAAUCCAAACGCAUUCAGGCCUAAAAUCGCUAGCAGUCCCCAUGCGAAUCGUGAUAACAGGGAAGAGGCUGGGGAAGUGGUUGUAUUAGGGAAGCAUAACAAAGGAUGUCAUUGCAAAAAAUCAGGAUGCUUAAAGAAAUACUGCGAGUGUUUCCAAGCAAACAUUCUCUGCUCUGAAAAUUGCAAAUGCAUGGACUGCAAGAAUUUCGAAGGAAGCGAAGAACGGCAGGCUCUUUUCCACGGAGAUUCCGCCAAUAAUAUUGCAUAUCUUCAGCAAGCCGCAAAUGCUGCCAUCACUGGUGCUAUUGGAUCCUCUGGUUACGGUUCUCCGCCAGUCUCCCGGAAGAGAAAGGGCCAGGAACUAUACUUUGGUGUGCCUUUAGAAAAAGAUCCAUCCGUUCAUAGGCUUGCACAAUUUCAACAGCAGACGAAUCAUAUCAAAACGUCUGCUCCUUCAUCAUCCAUGUCUCCUGUCCCUGGCCCACGUGUUGCUAACGCAACACCGGUAGGCACUUCAAAAUUUACAUACAGGUCUCUUUUGGCAGAUCUUAUCCGACCAGAAGAUAUGAAGGAACUUUGUUCUGUUUUGGUUGUAUAUGCAAAUGAAGCUGCCAGAAUGAUUGCAGAUGAUCAGAGAGAAAGCACUGAUGCAUCAGCACUCAAGGACCAAAUGCAGAGUCAGAAAGGACCCGACACUGAGAAACCGGUGGUAGAUGGAGGAGCCCAGGCUGAUAAAACUAGCCCGGAUGAGUCUACUUCAGAUGGGUCAAAAGGGAGGCCCAUGUCUCCUGGAACCCUAGCAUUGAUGUGUGAUGAACAAGAUACAGGGUUCACAGCUUCAACAUCUAAUGGGUUGGGGCUGGGGCCUGAUGGCACAGAGGCCCCUUCUCAGUUGCCAAAUGGUCAAGUAGUGACCGAAACCUAUGCUGCACAGGAAAAGAUUGUCUUGACAGCCUUUCGGGAUUGCCUUAACAAGCUCAUCACUUUAGGAGAAUUAAAAGAAACACAAUGCUCUUCACUGGCAAGAAGCGAUUCAGGAAGUCAAAGUCAAAGUCAAAUGCCAGUUGUCGAAAGCAACACUAUCGCCCCACACACAAGUCAACAUGAACCAUACAUCAACGGCUUCCCGAGGUCAACAGUCAUGGCUCCUCAACCCGGCAACGCAGCAUCAGGGACAUUUGAAAACAACAGUUCGCAUUUGACAAUCCCUUUUCGUGCUGAAAAUGGAGAGCGGAAACUAAAACCCGAACAAGAGAUGUAAAGAUUGAUUAGCAGAGUAACCGAUGAUCAGAUUAUGGUGUAGCUGCUGCCUGCAUCUUAUGUAUUGUUGAGUCAAUCUUUGUUUAGCCUUUUUCUUUGAUGCAGAGUUGGAAAUUACACUUUGGCCCCUCUCCAUUGUUAGAGAACUAACAUGAAUCUUGUUUAUUUUCCUAAUUUAACAUAGUUUUUUUUUUUCAGUGAAGUUUAUAGGCAGUAGUGAUUAGGAAAGAUGUAAUGUAAUAUGUGCCUGUGAUCUUUGCUUAUACUGCUACUGGUGAUGAAUCUGUGGACAUGUAUUUGGUCUAUUGUCUUAAUAAACGCCAAUUUUUACUAA